CUAUGGUUCAGAACAGGUGGCCUUUUCUCAGCGAUUCCUUUGCCCAUGACCCCUGACAAAGCAAAUAAAACUUUAAAAAUAUCUACGGUUGACGCCUUGACGCUAGUUGAUAAAUUUUGUUACAAAUUUUAUAAGAUUGACACUAAAACUUGAUGUCGUAGAAGUGAUGUAAUUAAACGGUCAAUUCAAUUAGAGAUUUAAUAUUUCGAAUGUUUUUCUGUGGGAUAAAUUUUUGCGCCAUCUUUUACUCACGGAACAAUUGUAUAGUUGCGUCUAUUAUCAUUUUACAUGUGCGUGAAACAAAUGUCAGAACAUAAGACGUACGUAGAAUUGUAGCUGUUUUGACAAUGUAAUACCGGAGGAAUAUAAGUAAUAUUGUUUCUUCCUACGGACUCUUAUUUGUGGCGAGAAGAACGAAAAAGCCGCGGUAAUGUUACGGACAAGUGUAGAUUUGGUUAGCUAGGUUUUGACAGCCGGCGGGCUUGUCGUAAGUGAUUUACGAUUGGCUUCCUAUAAAAAUGAACAGUCGCAGUAGCGUAAAUGAAACGAAUUUGGUGAAUUUCUCGGCGGAUUUGUCGACAUUGAACCAGUUGGACGCCAAAGACAGUUUGCUGAGUUUUCCCUUCGAUCACAUCUACGCAUGUCACUCUCAAAGCUCAGAUAGAAGGCAGCCUCUUCAAUUGGAAAAAGAAGUGGAAAUAUCAACGCAUUGUGUUACGGCAGAAGAAAAAAAGAAUACUAGUUCUUCUGAGGUAACAAGGCUGUCAGAACAGCUCACUGUGACUGAGAAUCAGAACAAAAAGCUCAAAGAUCUGUUCAUCUACCAUUUGGAUCUUAUUCAACAACAAAACGAACUUAUAAGCAAACGUGACAAGUUGUAUCAAGCUUUAAAACAGGAAAAUGAUACACUUAAGGCAAAAUUAAUUCGAAUGGACAGAAGAGUAGGGUUGAGUCAACGGCACACUGUUAAUCCUCCUCUUUACACACCAACAUCGACUAUAACUUCUGGUGUUCUCAAGACCGAACAGGGUGUUUCUCAGAUUAUGUUAAAUAGCUUUACAGAACUGCUUUUACCAGAUAAAGGAAAUUCAUUUCUUUUUGAUAAAAAUAAAACUUUUGGACAGGGAGGGACAUUCGGGAUUGCGAGAACGAAUAUAGAACCAGAGCUACCAAAUUACACAUCAGGCGACAUAAAAGUUCCGGCCUUAGAUAAAAAACACAAUUGUGAUAAUUUUAAAAUGAUUGACAACAAGCGAUCGAUCAUUAAGAAAGAGGUCAAGACUGAAAAUCGCCCGGAGGCAUUGUACACAGUUACUUCGAACAGUGGCACUCCAAUAAUCCAAAGAAUACAAAGGAACAGGCGGAGGACCUCUGGCAUUGGCAGUUUGAGUCGUAUGACAAAGACUCCCAAGACUCAACCGACAGAAACCACAAAAACAAAUACGGAUCAAGGCUACGAUAGAUCGUAUAGUGUUAACAAAAAAUCCAAAAUGAUUAACACAUACGGCAAGUCGAGAACUUCAACCAUACCAAAGCGGACGUCUCAAUUUACGGGAUCGUUGUCAGAUAGAUUACGACUAAUCGAUACCACACCUACUGGAGAAGAUCCCUAUCAGCUCGGCGAAGCGGAUAUGAGGGAACAGUCUCCAAUACCGAAGCUUAUGUUGCAGAAAACCAAUCACGGCAGAAUGAAGAUAUCCUCGGAUUCAACGGGUGAAACGUCCCGGCGAAUCUACGACAUGCCCGAUACUAAGACGAAAAUAAACAGGUUCAUGUCUGCCUACGAGCAAUCUAAGAAAGACCCGGAGAAAACGAUGAUGAUUGACGAACCCGCCAUGGAUAUGGUGAAGACUGAAACGGAUAUAGAUUGGCGGAUGUUCUCGGAAAAACCAGUUAACGAUAGUAGCUUGUGCGACUUUGCGUUCGGGGAAUCGAACAGUAAUUUGUCAUCAAUAAUGCCGUCGUUGGACGCAAAUGAAUUUCAGGAAUUGUUCACGUCGGAUGCGGCUCUGAAUCUAGAUAAUUUAAAUCAGUUAGAUUAUCCGACAGAAAAAUUGGUUCCCGAAAAAACUAAGAGGCGGAAUGCUCGGACCACAAGUUUUAUAAACCCUGGCGAUGAAGGGGAAGUUGAAAUAAAACGUGGCGCUCCAAGCACGCGGGGUAGAAAGAGAGCAUUCUCUGCUAUUGGUCUGGGGAAACAAAAUGCUAAGGGCCUAACUAAACCAAGAGCCACUAGAGGAAAGGCCGCAUCUCGAGGGAAAAGGUCACCGGUACCGGGUAUAAUGACAAAUAAACCAUAUCCGACAUUAGUAGGCGACUCGGACCUUUCCUGGUAUUUUGGCUUAGACCCAGACUUGAAACUUGAGGACAUCGACCCACCGGCUGACAGCCAAGCCUCUACUGUCGAGGUACCGAGAUGGCGUGAAAAGCCUUACACUAGUUGUUACACGCUUGAGGGUACAGAGAAUGUUGAUGACAAAGUUUUUGAGAAACGACAUCAAAAGCUCGAGGCUGAAGAGAGGCGGCAGCUGAGGUGGCAUAUGAGGCGGAUAAGGGAGCAACGUCACGUAGAACGGUUACGUUUGAGACAAAGAGAUUCGUGGAGUUCAACUGUAAGCGCGCCCUCUGUGUAUUCCGUAUGGCCUCGGCCGCAACAAGACGCGAGGUUCAUUGAAAUAACUACGGAAUUACCUGUGACGGCGUUUGGGGAGCCAUUACCUCAGCUGCCUGAAUCAGAUUUUAUGUUGCCGUGGGUUCGGACGUCUAAAGCUCUAAAGAGGUCAAAAAGAUCGAAAACUCUCCACUGAAGCUUAGAAUUCCCAUUGCAGAGGGAAUGGACAGUAUAUAUUAUAUGUAAAACAUUUGUGUUUAAUGUGUCUAUGAAAUUCUACAAUAAAAAAGGAAAAGUGUCCAGGACAUGAUAUAUUA